AUGGCAUCGAUACAGAGUACGCCAAAAUCCCACUCCAAUAAUAGCCAAGUGACGACUGAGUACUUUCGACUGUGCUCUAGGUCUCCCAUUGAAGAAAUAGAACGGAUGGUUCUGCUGUCAACAUUGGCAGCUGAUGACCAAAGUCGACUACAGGAGGGCAAUGAUGAUGAUGAAGAUAUGAAUUCGCAAUUUGACUCCAUUGAAUUCAAAAUUAACAAUGCCAUACUGGAAUUGGAGUCGAUAUACAAAGUUAUCGGCUACUCAUCAUCGGAAAUGAAAUUGAAAAAAGCAGAAAUAUUCACCAUUGUUCAGGAUACAAUCAAUAAUUUUGCAAACAAUCUACAGCGGGAGAAGAAUACCAUUGAAAACGAAUGUGAGUGGUUAAAACAACAGAUUCAAGUUAUAUUAUCGAUGGUGAACGAUUCAAAAGGAGACAAGUCACUAUCACUAUUACAAAAGGGUCUUGUGUUCAAUAAUCAUCAACAGUAUAUUGAUGGUUACAAAGAGCAGAUUUUAUCAAAGAUGACAAGUUCCGCAUUUCAACAAUCAAAGCUUGGUGAUGAAUUGACGUUGGAGCAGCAAUACGAUUACAUGGUUAAAAACAUUCCAGAAUUGAAUCUUUUAGAACUGAGGUCCAGAUUGAAUGUAAUUUUUAUUGAUGUUUUGAAAAUAUUUGUCAGAUUAUACAAGCAAUAUAAUUCCCUAAAUAUAGAAUGUGCAAAACUUGUCGUUACAAUUGGAAUUUCAGAAUUUGAUCCUCAAGUGAUUAGCACAAUGCCGCCCUUGAAUGAAGCCGAAAUGCAUCGUGAAGUGAUGGAGGAGUUUGGUAACUUGAUUAUGACCAUCAACACUACUCAAACUCCAGAUCAAAAUGAAAAUGACAUAUUUGUCCUAGCUAGUCCUGUCAAGUCAUCAUCACUGCAAGAAUCAAACUAUACACAUGAUGGAUCCAGCCAGGUCAAUAUAAAGCGAUUAAGAGAGGUUAAUUACCAAUUGGUUCGAAUAAUGCGAAGCUUGAAAUUCACCAGAAUCUCUACAGACUUGAUCCAGAGUUUGCAGAGGGAGAUUAAGGUAGGACGUGAACUGUUGGAUGUUAGGAAAAGCACCAUUGUCGAAGUUAUUCACAAAUGUCUUGAUUCUAUUGAAUUCCUUCAACUUUCAGAUGAUCACUUGGCUGAACUACAGAAGAAUGAAAUAGGUGGAAAUGAAGGUUUUCUAGACAGGCAGACAUUGGGGUUAAUACUACGUGAUCCUCUAGAGUUUGGCUUACACGAUGAAAAUAUUAAUCAUCUAAUACAGAUUCAAAAUUUGGUUGAUGCCAAAAUUACUGAAAAGCGCGACAAAUGGAAAUCAUAUUCAGACUCAUGUAUGCAGUUGUGGAAACGUCUUGGAGAGAGCGACGAGUACAUUGAUAAUUUUAUGCUGAGCAAUAACAAUUUAUCAGAUCUUUCCCUCCUUAACUUCAAAAUGGAAUUGAAUAGGCUUUAUAUUAAGAGAUCGGAGUAUAUCGAAAGUUUCAUAUCUGAUACCAGAGUUGAAAUUGAAAGUCUUUGGGAUAAGAUGUUUUACUCGCAAGGAAUGCGGUCUGAGUUUCAGUAUUUUAACUAUGAUCCUGAUAAUGACGACGGGGAAGACAAAGAGACGGUAUUAAAUAUCCAUGAAGACGAAGUCAAGAAGUUGAAUGAAGAAUACAACCAGAAAGCGCCGGUAUUGCAGGUAUAUGACGAAUUGCAAGACCUUAUCAAGGAUCAGAAAUUCCUCCAGGAGAGCUCACGCGAUUCUUCAAGAUUACUAAGCAAGAACUCGUGUAAAAUUUUGCUUAAUGAAGAGAAAAUACGGAAACGAAUCAAUAAAACUAUGCCACGGGUGAUUGAAUCGUUGAAACUGGAGGUGAAAAAGUAUAACAAUCGCGUUGUCCAAGAGGGAAAGAGAACCUUAAUGAUGAACAGCAAGGACUUUUUUGAAGAAGUCUUGCGUCUCGAAUCAGAGCUUUUGAAUUCGGGAAGUAAUAGAGUCAAGCCCAAAUCAGCUUCGACAUCACCAAUCAAGAGACCCAAUACUUCGUCGAGAAACUUUUCGCCUGAAAAGAAGCCCAAACUGCGGUUCAUGUCGACAAAAAUACCUCCUGCUGCGCCAACUGGCACUAGAGCUAAAAUAAUCAAGUCGCCAACAAAUACACGCCAGACAACAUCAACAACCACCGCAAGAGCUAACAUUCAUACAAAUUCAACCACCAACAAUAGCACUACCCUAAGGUCUUUGCUCAGUUCGCUGUCUAAUAGCGCCAUAAAUUCAUCUACCUUAAGUGCAAAUAGUCCAAUAUCUGCAACACGCACUAGUUCAUUCACGUCCAAACCUCCAACAACUGAAUUGAAACCGCUUACAUCACCAUUAAAGAUGUCAACCACGAAUUUGAAUACCCAGGGCAACAGUAGAAGCAUUAAGCGAUUUACAAAUAGGCCAAAUCAGUAUAGUAGUGGAACUUCGGAAGAAAAGGAGAAUAAUAGUACUGAUACUUACAGCAACAACAACAACAACAAUAUUGGGAAGAUAGAUGAGAUUGCGCCAGGUUUUGUUGGUUGUCUGCGUGAAAGAGUAAGCAGCGUGGGGACGACAAGUAUAGGCAACGACACUUCGACGAUGAUUGGUGAUGACUAUUUUGCUUGGCGUGAUGAAAAAAUUAAACAACUAAAUGAUAUAUGA